AUGUUGAUCACGGUGUCCAGACAGAACAAAAGCAUGGAUGCUGAUUUUGUUAUCCUGGGAUUCCACACCAAUGAAAUUUUGCAGAUUAUAUGUUUUGCCUUUUUCCUUCUCAUGCACCUCAUCACCCUAUUGGGACACUUGGCCAUUGUGUUCAUCACAUUAGUUGACCCUGCCCUCCACAUCCCCAUGUAUUUCUUUCUAUGCAACCUGUCUUUCAUUGAAGUCUGCUAUACUCUGGUCAUUGUGCGCCAAAUGCUGGUCAACUUCUUGGCCAAGAGCAGAAGAGUCUCCUUGACUGCAUGCGCCACACAGAUGUAUUUCUUCAUUGCCGUUGGAGGUGAUGAGUGCUUUCUGUUAGCUGUGAUGGCCUAUGACAGGUAUGUGGCCAUCUGCAACCCAUUGCGCUACACUCUCAUCAUGAGCAGGAACCUCUGUAUGCAAUUUUUGGCAGUAGCCUACGUCAGUGCGUUCACAAUCUCACUGGGACUCACAUCUUUGAUUUUCAGUCUUCCCUUCUGUGGUUCCCACAACAUCAACCACUUCUUCUGUGAUAUCCCACCUGUACUCUUCCUGGCGUGUAGCGACACACAUACCAAUGAGGUGGCUGUGUUCCUUGUCUGCGCCAUGAUCUUGCUUGUGCCACUCCUGCUCAUUCUGGUUUCCUAUGUAUUCAUUGCCAAUUCCAUCUUCAGGAUCAAGAGCUUUGAAGGCCGGAAAAAGGCCUUCUCAACCUGCGUUGCUCACCUGGUCGUGGCCAUGCUCCACUAUGGCUGCGCCAUCUUCAUCUACAUCCGUCCGAAGGCCAGCUACUCCCUGGAUCAGGACAAGGUGGUCUCUUUGAUCUACACCAACAUCACGCCCAUGCUUUACCCCAUAAUUUACAGCCUCAGGAACAAGGAAGUCAAGGGAGCACUCAGGAGAGUAUGGGAAAGGAAAUUUGUUUCUAUGGAAACAUAG